CAUUUGGCUUGCCUGAUUGGCCAAAUGAUUGUAUUUAAUUAUCCGCAAACUAUAGCUACGUCGCAGAAAUAAAUGAUAAAGAAAUAUUUUUUAUUUAAGGAUGAAGUCCAGGAGCCAGUUGAACAACCUGUCAAUAUCAGCAAGCCAGGUGAGAAAGUUCAUCAAGUUUGUUUUUGCUUCGUAAGAAACAGAGAGACAAAAAAUGGUUUCAGUCAGCAUUACAGGACAGCAGAUGGUGGUCAAAUUCAGAGAUGUUCACACUUAUAGCAGCAACAAAAUUGAAAUAUGAAUUUCUCAAUUCUCUUUAUUUUCCACCAAUACAAAACUACUACAUAUAAUGAAAAGAAUGAACAAAGGAAUAUUUUCUCACUCUGAUAGCUGUAGGUUGACCACCAUCUGCUGAAACAAAGUCAAUAGUACUUAGUGAAACCCUGAAAGUGCAAUACCUCAGCAGUAUAAAUCCGGGUAUAAAUCUGUGCGUAUACAUCUUCAAAAAGUUAUAUAUUUAAUAAAUAUAAAACAUUUUCUGUGUUGAUAUACAGUUACAUCAGCACAAGUGGAAAUUGGGAAAACUCGAAAUUGUGUUAUUUUCACACAAUUUUGAGUUUUCCCAAUUUACACGAGUGUUUAUAUAACUGUAUAUCAACACGGAAAAAAUGUUUUAUAUUUGCUGUUUAUAAUAUACCACAAACAAACAUAAAGAAAGAAAUUUUCCGACGUUUCCGUGUUGACAUUGAGUUAUAUCAACACGACUCUUAGCCAAUUAGUGUUCAGAAUUUAUAAAUGCUAUAUAUAUAUAUUAAUUUGCAUAGGUGCAGAAAAUGCUUAGAGAGGGAGGGGGCAGACCAUGCAGACAAACUCAAUGUUUCCACAGAAAAGUUUGAAGUCUAAAGUGUCUUAAAUCGAAUUUCCUGCAUUUUGAGAACAUUUGACUCGCAAAAUCCUCUACAGUAAAAAACCUAAGCAUCUACAACAAUCAUUUCAAACAAAGUCACGAAAAUCAAGUGUAUAUAUAAUAACUUUGCGAAGUUAUAAAAUACUUGUGAUUCCCCGUUACUAAUCAUUCUUUCUGAGGGGCUUCGCUCGCCUGGACUAUCCAUACAUAUCAUACAUGCUUUUAUCCAUAGAUAUAGGAGAUCUAGAUUGCUAACGCAUACCUAGCGCAGGCCUACAUGAUAAAUCCAAGAUGGCGGUACAACAGGACAAAAAGGCUAUAGAUUCUAUUACGAAAAUCAAGAUUUUUGCAUUUUUUGCCGUCGCAUUGUUUCGAAACUUAUUCGGUCAAAUUUUAUGGUAAAGAGAAAUUUACCGCGAAGAUUUUGAGCACAUAUAUGAUUGAAUUGGAUGAAAAAUCGCAAAAUUAUCCAGCGAUAAAAGUUCGUGUGAAAUGGUCAGUUGGUCAGUUGGAGCGUUUUAUUGCCAGAAAUGCUGUGCUAUGUUAACAUCUAGCCUUGUGAAUGGUGUUUUAUACUUGCAUCUCUCAUCAUCAUCUGCUCUGUCCUCAUAAUUAUGAAAAAUGAACUGUUAUGUACCCCCCCCCCCUUGCUUGUUAGAGAAGUAAACUGAUGAGAGCACUGGAUGAGGGUCUAUCAUCUAUGGUCUGUUAUAAUUUGCUUUUUAUGCAAAUAGUGAGCAAAAAUUAAAGCAAAACUGUACAAGUUGCAUAUAUAGUACUAUAUCAGUACCAUACACGAACUUUUAUCGCUGGAUAAUUUUGCGAGUUUUCAUCCAAUUCAAUCAUAUAUAUGCUCAAAAUCUUUGCGGUAAGUUUCUCUUUACCAUAAAAUUUGACCGAAUAAGUUUCAAAACAAUGCGACGGCAAAAAAUGCAAAAAUCCUGAUUUUCGUAACAGAAUUUAUAGUCUUUUUUCCCUGUUGUACCGCCAUCUUGGAUUUAUCAUGUAGGCCCCGCCUGCCCUAGGUAUGCGUUAGCAAUCUAGAUCUCCUAUAUCUAUGCUUUUAUCCCUGUUUCACUACCCCGGAUCUGGGGGUCCUUCCCCUGAAUUUUUUUUGUAUAUUUCAUGCUCAAUGACAGCAUUUCUGGCAUUGUCUGGGGCAUCCACAAAACGUAUUUUGAGGUUAUUUUCGUUAACUUUGUAACCUCACAUUUGUGGUUUAACACUGCACAAAUGGAUUUAUGGCUGCCUAUUUCCCACCCCUCCCAAAUUUUUCAUUGAAGUUGAACGAUCUAAAAGUAUACUCUGGAAAACAUUGCCCCCCCCCCCAACUUGGAGGCAUUACUUCGGUGUGGAAGCAAGAUGCGUCUGCAACAGUGUUGAAAGAAAUUCACUCCCAAUAUGAUAAUAUCUUGCAGACUCGAGGCGUGAAUGGUUUGAAACAAAUAUAUUUGACGAAAGUUGGGACAUGAAAGAGAAAUAUGAGGAUGAAUUGGCGAGGUAACAAAACAUUUGUCGUUACACAUUUUCUGUUGAGCAUUUUGUUUAACGAAAGAAUCGGUAAUCUGUUGCACGCCCCUCAUGGAAAUCAGCAUUUUUUUGUUGGAGCAGCGUAUUAAAAUAAGAUAUGUAUGUGUGUGUGUGUGUGUGUGUGUGUGUGUAUGUGUGUAUGUGUGUAUGUGUGUAUGUGUGUAUGUGUGUAUGUGUGUAUGUGUGUAUGCGUGUAUAUGUGUAUAUAUGCAUCGGUUUCUAAUAUCAUUAUACAAAAUGGAGCAGGAGCACGUUACCCGACAAAAUCUGGCGCUGUUGGCUUUUGCCUACAGCCCAUGCAAAAACUGUGUUUCAUGGAGUGGGGAAAAGCCAGUGGCGCCAAAAUUGUAGGGGUUGUGUGUCUGGGGGCAUGCUUCUGCGGUAACUAGAAUUUUUUUAGGAUUAAGUUUUUCGUCAGGGAUGUUACCAACAGCUAGUUGUAGAAAUUUUUGCACACGUCGUCACGUGUUAAAUAUUAGUUAUACGUCUUGUACUUUUGUUAUAGGGUAGAAUCUACACGUAGAUUUGUAUUACUUUUCAGUGUGUCCUUUAAAAGUCUUAGUAAGUGACUUUUCAGUCAGUAAACUAAUUUAAAUUAGUCCAAUCUGGAUUUUUGUAGCUUACCUUGGGUGCAAGAUUUCUACAUUGGUGUCGCGAGCGAACCAGAAAAAUCAUGGCAAAUAUACAUAACCUGCGCUCACAGCAAAGUACCAUCUAUGGCCGAUCUGAAGAAAAUAUUUGGCGUGAACAUUUCCUACUUUGUUGAUUUUGUCGAAAAAAGCAUCGAUGAGGAUAGUAAACGUAGCAAGGAAUCGCUACCUUGCCCUUCUUAUUUGCGAGGGCCUAUUUCAGGAGAUGAGCUCUGUGUGCAAGAAGGUAAAGGUGGAUAUGGAGCAGUCGGUAUCCUAACUAAUGAUAAUGAAAAGCACUACGCAACCACGUGCUAUCAUGUAUGUUUUAAGAACGAUUUACCUGAAAAUGACAUUAAAGAAGGUCACAAAAUACUCAUGCAGGACUGCGCGAACGAAUCCAAAGGUUGUCAAGGUGCCACAUGCGUGUACACAACAGACCAACAUACAAGGGAACUCGGUCGGUUCUGCUAUGGCUUAUACAAUGACAACCACGAUAUUGCCCUUAUUGGACUGGACCGAAGUAUAAAUUGCUCCGACAUGGUUAAAUUCCUUGGUGAGAAAAGUAUUAAUCCAGCUCUGGCUAGUAAAAAGGAAGUCAAAGAUAUGCUCUUCGAGAAGAAAGUGUUGCCUAUAGAAAUAAUCCGCCCAGUAAAAAUAAGAGGAAUACUUUUUACAGCAACCGGUGUAGAUGUGAAACGUUGUCCAAAAUACAAACGUUGCUACAGAAUCAAGAUACCAGAUAACACACCCUCUCCCAGUGAAGGUGAUUCGGGAUCUUUAGUGUAUCUGUUAUAUGAAGAUGAAAAAAUACCAUUCGCUUAUCUAUGUAUGGUAAUUCCAGGAUCUGACAAAGAAAAUGUCUAUUAUUGCAGAAGUUUAAAUGACAGUAUAGAGGAAUUAAUUAGAAAGUUUCAGCUACAGAGACGUAUCAAACCAUGUUUACGAGAGUGUAGCUUUGACGAAAACAACCAUUGAAUGAUAUGCAUCGUUACGUACAACCGUCACCCUGUCACUGGCAUAAAACAAUUAGAACGUCAAGAGGCGAAAUAGAACAAUAUAAUUUUUCUUAUUAUUAUUCCCAAGAUGAAAUACUUUAUAUUUACGGAACGCUUUAAAAUACUCCAUGAAGAUAGAGUGUAAAAAUUGCACAUGCACUAUUAAAAGUAAAAGGUUCAAAUAGAU